AUGGAAGGAACAGUGGUCCUCACCGGCGCCAACGGCUCUCUGGCCCUGGGCUUUGUUCAAGCCCUCUUAGAAACUCACCCUCAGAAAACAUUGGUUGCAACUGUCCGCAACCCAUCCCCAGAAGAAGAUCUCAAUACCGAAAGACUUCUAGCACUGGCUGCAAGAUUUCCAAAAGCAAAAUUCCAUCUCGAGACCCUCGACCUCGGCAAGCUGGCCAACGUGCGCUCCUUCGCAGACAAGCUCUCUCGUCUGAUUUCCUCUGGAGCAGUCCCUCGCAUCUCAGCCAUAGUUUGCAACGCGGCCUCGCUUUCCUUUGAAGGAGGACAGAAACUGACCGCCGAUGGUUAUGAAGCCACCUUCCAGGUGUGCCACCUCGCGCACUACUUGUUGAUUCUGAAGCUUCUCGGGAGUAUGGACCUCACUUCCGGUCGCAUUGUUAUGCUGGGCUCCAUCACACACUACCCAGAAAAAUCAAACCCAUUGUGCUCGCUUCGACCGCAGUUUCCGGUUGAUUUGGAGGAGUUGCUCAGACCGGGGCCUGAUUCCCCUGCCCUCGUGCAUGAUAGGGGCUUCCAGCGAUAUGCCACGGCCAAGCUGGCUAAUGUCACGUUGGCGAACAAUCUCAAUCGCAGAUUGAAGAGGGUUAUCAAGCAUCACGGCGGUCGCGAUGGAUCCGGGUGGUCUACCGAGUGCGAGAUCGCAGGCUCAGCAGAAAAGGUCCACCCAAAGGAUCUUCGCAGUAAUCAACUUUCUCAUGCCUGUUCUUAA